AUGACGGCCAUCCCCCUCGGGCCACGAACGGAGGCCGUCUCCUCCCACGCCCCGACCAUCUUGGCGGUGGUUGGGUCUUUGACGGGCCUGUCCACGCUGAUCGUCCUGCUACGGUGCUAUGUGCGCGGACUGGUUCUGCGGAAGUUCAAUGCGGAGGAGUACAAUGUCAUCGGAGCGUGGCUCUGUGCGGUGGGAGUGCUGGUGUGCUUCGUGAUUGAGACACAGCAUGGCGUCGGCCGCUACUCGAAGGACAUCUCCGGCGAGGACGUCAUGUAUCUGGCCAAGGUGGUGUGGUUCCAUUCCAUCAUCGUUAUGGUGGGACUCAGUCUCGUCAAAAUCUCCCUGGCGGUGUUUCUGCGCCGAUUUGCGCAGAGUAUGCUGCGAAAGGUGUUGAUCGGAUCCAUCGUGUUUUUGGUCGCCUUCACUAUCUCCUGCGGCUUGACCCUGAUUCUCGAGUGUAUCCCCGUGGCGGCCGCAUGGGAUUAUAGUCUGCGUGCUAAUGCUCGGUGCUUUGACACGGAUACCUUCACGGCCAUCGGGCUGUGGAACAGCAUCACCAACCUCGUGACCGACAUCAUCUUCGCCACGCUACCGGUGCCGAUGUUCAUCAAGAUCCAGGUCAAUCGACGGACCAAGGCGUCGCUGAUCGGAGUGUUGAGCUUGGGAUAUCUGGCCUGUGUCGCUGGCAUUAUCAAGAUCAUCGCUCAAGUGAAAGUGUUGCAUGAGACGAAUAUGUAUCGAAAUGACACCUUUAUGGUCUGGAACUGCGUCGAACUGAAUGUCGCCAUCUUGGGAGCAUGUCUCCCAAGUCUCAAACCCCUGGUGAAAUCCCUGCUGGACAGCACGCGCAGCCUGACCAGUGGACGCCGUACUGCAUAUGGCAACAAUUAUCCCGGAUAUUACGGCCAACGCAGCGCCGAUAUCACGCUGAAGUCGAUGACGCGACGCACACACCACUCCAUGUACAACAUCACGGUCGAGGGCAGCUCGGACGGAGACUCGAACAGCGCGCACAGCGGCAAUCGUGCGGAGGACGAGCAGCGCCUGCAUCACACGGAGACAGGCAUCUUGAAGACCACGGAGGUGGUGGUGCACACGCAGCAGUAGGCUGGACUCGACUGUACAUACA